AUGCCCGCAAUUCCCCGCCAGAAAGCCUGCAUCGCCUGUGCGGACUCUAAGCGCAGAUGCGAUAAGCAGCUCCCCGAGUGCCAGCGGUGUCUAGACAGAGACGUGGACUGCGUUUACCCGCAACCUAAAAGGCGACGGAGAAAUCCGAUUGCGCGUGUUAAUCAGCCUGAGGAGCUUCCCACAAUUCAGAACCAUGCCGACGCCGACGCCGAUGUUCCGGGCAGCGGUCUCGAUUUCGGGGACUGGGGUGUUAUGGAAGCCGCCGACCUGGACGUCUCCCUGUCGGACGUAAUAAUGCCAUACAUCCCAUCCCCACCGGCGCAUAUAGCCAACCAGCCAACCCAAAGACUCGCACUUGAAAGCGACGAUAUCUCCAGCACGCCAUGUCCCUGGUUUCUCGGAGACGAGACGUGGAUCAUGCAGCACGGGCAAAAACAACCGUCCACGUCUGCCAAUCUCGAGUUAGAGCCCUUCAUCCACGCGGUAGAAGAAAUGCUGCAUUUCUGGGUCCGGAACGGCUAUAAUAGCUUUAUUCAUCGGCGGUUGUAUGAUAGGGGCAUGCCUAUGUGUCUUCAGGACGCAUUUACGACGCUUGCGACGUAUGUUAGUCGCACACCAGUGAUGAGGGAGACGAUAUUACAGAUUGCCGAGUGGCGCUCGGCCGCACUCGCAAGCCAAGGUCCAUGUGCUGCCGGUGGCUCGCAAGGCUUACGGGCCCAACUGGCACGUAUCCAUGCCCUGUUCGUCUACCAAUACAUACUACUAUUCGACGGCUCGGUGCGCUCGCGCGCGCACGCCGAGAAGCAGCAGCCAACGCUGCGGCAAUGGGUGACCCAGAUGUGCGAGGCGGCGAAGCGAUACAGAGGAGAAGAUAUUUUCGCCCAGGACAAUCUCCCGCCUCAGUGGACCGUAAGUAAGUUUGACAGAGAAUACGACGCGUCCUCGAAGAUGUGGCAGCUGUGGAUUUUGAUCGAAAGUGUACGGCGCUCGCAGCUUAUCAUCGAUACUAUCUCCAAUAUAUACGAAGUCUUGACUAAGGGGUGGGCUAACUGUACCGGCGCUGUUAUGUUUACGGCUCGUCGCGGGCUGUGGGAAGCGGACUCUGCGGUGAAAUGGGUUGAGUUGUCUUCGGCGGAAGAGCCGCUUCUGGUGCCGUCUCUGCAGCCUGGGCCGCUUAUCUCUCAGUAUAACGCUGAUGAGUUUGAUGAUUUGGUAAAGGUGAUUUGGACGUGUGUAGUCGGCACGGAUAAGAUGAAAUGCUGGAUUGACAAGAGUAAUAAGGCAAUUGGAGUAUAG